AGCCCCUGAAAGACUCAGAGAGGCCCCCAUGGCAGGCUUCCUUCUCCCACCCCCGCUGAUCCUACUGCUGUCCGCAGCCCUGGGAUCUGCUGCACAGGAAGCCCAGAGUGACAAGAACACGAAUAAUCAUUUCAUUCUUAAUGGAUCCAAAUGUCCCACGGGCUUCCAGCCCUGGCAGGUGGCCCUGCUCGAGGGUAAUCAGCUCCAGUGUGGAGGCGUGCUGGUCAACGAGCAGUGGGUGCUCACCGCUGCCCACUGCAGGCUGAGUGCGUACAACGUGCACAUGGGCAGUGAACAGCUGGGAAGAGGCUGGAAGAUCAGGGCCACAAAGUCAUUCCGCCACCCCGGCUACUCCAAACAGACCUAUGAUAAUGACCUCAUGCUGGUGAAGCUAAAUAGCCGGGCCAGGCUGUCAGACAGUGUGCAGAAAGUCAACCUGCCUUCCCGCUGUGAACCCCCUGGGACCGAAUGUACCGUUUCUGGCUGGGGCACCACCACCAGCCCUGCAGUGACCUUUCCAGAGAAGCUCAUGUGUGCAGAUGUCACCCUCAUCUCCUCUGAAGACUGCAGGAAGGUUUACGGGGACGCGCUGGGAAAUUCCACUCUGUGUGCUGGGAACACCGACUCCAGCUCCAACGUGUGCAAAGGUGACUCAGGGGGACCGCUGAUGUGCAGAGGUACUUUGCAAGGCCUGGUGUCCUGGGGAAGAUCCCCUUGCGGCCUUAUCAACGAGCCAGGUGUCUAUACCCAAGUCUGCAAGUACGUGGAUUGGAUAAAUGACACCAUGAGAAAGCAUCCCUAAUCUCUCCAUACUCUCGUCUCUCCAUCCCUAUGCCCCGAACAGGAAAUUCACAGAAGUAAGGACAUCAAUGACCUACAGUCAUACUUGACUUUACCUUUCCUCAAAGACAUACCAAAACCUCAACAAUAUGCCAUGUGUGUAAGCCAAUGAAGUCUCAAGGACCUAAAACCAAAACAAGAAACACAAAAACCUCCAUGCUAGUAAAGGGGUAGUGAGACCAUCGCUCUUGGCCAAUGAAACUGUAAAUCCAUACAAUUUUUAUGGAAGUUGAUUUGCAGUGUGACUCAUGACCUUGUUCUCCACCUUGGACCCAGUAAGUCUAGUUCCUGAAAGAUGUUACUAAAAAAAUUAAAAAUAAAAAGCAAAACUGUGGAGCAAGGUUUGAAUUUAUCACAACAUUACUUAUCAUAGCAGAACAGUGGAAACACUGACCAUGUCCAUAAUGAGCGAAGUGUUUAAGUAAACAAUAGGCUGGCUUGAGCCAAGGAUAUUGUGAAGCUGUUAAGGAUAAUAAUUGUGCAGAAUUGAUAGUGUUACACAAGGAUGUUUGUGCUGUGUGAUGUUAAAUGAAAAAAAGAAGAUACAGAAAUAUAUGUGCGUGUGAUCCUCACUAUGUAAAAUGAGAAUAUUCACAAAAUAAAACCUGAAAGGACGUGUACCAAACUGCAUAUGGUGGUAGUCACAGGGUACCUACUUCCUUCCAUUUACUUUUCUGUGGUUGUGCACUUUUACAGCCUGAAGAACAAAGGUGGAAAAGCUCUGGAGAUGUAAGGUGGAGGAGAGGAGGCCCUUAAGAGAGGGAGACAGGAAAGAGAAAUGUAUCUGAUUUUUGGUCCCUGUCCUGCCUACCUAUACAGAGGCAUAUUUUUCUCCAUGUUCCGAGUCUCAGUUUUACUCAUCUGUAAAAUUGAGAAGAGAGAGAGGGAAAGGGAAGGUAGAGUAAAAGGAAUGCAGGAGAGAAAAUGCCUGCUUCAUCAGGGUGGAAAGGGUUGUGAACGUGCUUCUGGGCAUUUCACAGGUGGUGAACUAAGAGAAAGGGAGAAGGUUUGGGGGAAGCAUAGGGAUGGCAGGAAGACAGGAUCCCUGGGUCCCACAGGGGCUUGUUGAAAGUGAGCACCCAGCUUCCUGGGUGUCAGGGGAAGGUAGGGGCUGGGAUCCUGGGUAGGUGGGCUCCUGUGCUCAAGAAGACAGAGAAGGGGCCUCAGAAAGGGAGGAGGGAGGAGUCCCAGUGACUCAGCCUGACUACACCCCUGCUCCUACCAUCCAAGUCUCCCUGGGCAGUCACACGCAGAUGUUGCUGACAGAGGGAUCCUCUGGUGCCCAAGACUCGCCUCUCCUACCUGUCUUUCUAGUUUCUCCCCCAGAAUUCUGUCCCAGACAGAUUGGGACCCAGAGGGAGACAGGGAGAUAGAGACACAAAAUAGAGGAGAGAGAGAUGGGCACAGACAGAGACAAAGACAAAAUGACACACAGAGAGAUUAUUUAAGCAUCCUGGAAGUCUUUUUUAUUUUAUGUUUAUUAUUGUUGAGUCUUUUAAAAAGUACUUCCUUAUUUAUUUGGCUGCGCCGGGUCUUAGUUGUGGCACUUGGGAUCUUCUUUGCCACGUGCAAGAUCUUCACUGCUGCAUGCAAGAUCUUUUUAGUUUCGACAUGAGGGCUCUUCCUUGUGGCAUUUGGGAUCUCGUUCCGUGACCAGGGAUUGAACCUGAGCCCCCUGCAUUGGGAGCAUGGGUUCUUAAUCACUGGACCACCAAGGCAGUCCCUGAAAGUCAUUUUUAAAAUAGGGACAAAAAGUAGUUUUAAGUUCCCCCAAUUUGACUCAACCCUACCCUCCCCCUGCCCCCCAAAAAGUGUCAUUCCAGUCACAGGUCCCUUUUG